AUGACAGAAGCACAGUACCCUUCAUCUCCACCCUCGUCAAUCUCGCUGCCAGAGCACUGGCGCUUCGUCCCGCCGCCGACGGAUGGGCCGAACACGCGCGCUCGACUUGCAGAGGGGAGGAAGCCGAUUUCUGGCACGACGGCGCCGCUACCAGCGAGACUGGCGGCCAGAGGACCAGCGGGAGGAACUGAAGGACGAGGCGUGGAAGACUGGGCGGAAUGGACAGGAGAGGGCGAACCGCAGUACUGGUACACGGCUGGACCGUCCACUGCUAUCGGCUCGACGUACUACGCGAUCGACCCUUCACUGGACUUUGACCCGUCCGCGCUCGCCGACCAUCCCCUCACUGCACCACCUACGACCGACCUACAUCGCUCCCUUCCGCCAUCCAGCACAACGCUCUUCCGCCCAGCGUCCCCUGCGCGCGAGGAUCGCCGCCUGUUCUCAACGACCACCGUUAUCGACCAUGGCUCCCCCCCGGCCUCGCCGUCGCUAGAUGCCGAAGGUGUCGUCGGCUCGGUGCAGUACCUGCCCGUUUUCGAUGAUCACCUCAGCGUCGACCCGCUCGACGACCCAUACGCAGGCUUGCCCGCGCCAGAGCUGCCUGUCCCGCCCAGCGCGUUCCAGACGGCUGAGUCUUCCACGUUGUACAUGGGCGAGACGAGCCUGCCCUACAGUGGUUCUCGCUCAGCAGUUCCGAGCGGGUCGUCGCAUCACCCGCAGACGCCCUCCAUCUUUCGUCUCUCACCGCCACCUGCCUCGGCGCCACCAGCCUCGAAGUACAGCGUCCCGCCUCUGCCACCGCCUCCUCCUCCAAGCUACCCGCCGCAUCGUCCGCAACAUCACGGCGAUUACGACGCGAGUCGACCGCCAACUCGCUCGAAGCGACGCCGGGCACCUUCGCCUCUCGAUUCGCUUCGCACACGACCUUCUCCCUACCCGACCGCCUCUUUCCCGCCUGGCGUCCCUACCUACCGUGAGCCGGUCCUCACGCCCGUCAGCCACGCACUGCAGAUCUACAAGGAGUACCCCGUUCCGGAACGCCCGCCUCCUAUCAGCGAGUUUCCGAAGAAGUCGCACGGUCGACGGACUUCGGUCGGCCACAUUCCCCGCCCUCGGAACGCCUUCAUCCUCUUCCGCUCGCACGCUGUCUCGAGCGGUCUCAUCCCUCGCUCGAUCGGGAUUCGUGACCACUCGAACAUUUCCAAGAUCGUCGGAAGUGUUUGGCGCGGCUUGUCGGAUGAGGAGAGGGCGAGGUGGGAGGAGCUGGCCGAGGAGGAGAAGCGGAUGCACAAGGAGCGGUAUCCCGACUACGUCUACAAGCCGAAGAAGCGGGUUACGGCGGCCAAGCCGAAGCCGACUCUCGACGAGGCGGAUGAGGACGAGCUCGCCGGCGGGACAAGCCACGCCGUCGAAGGCGAUAUCCCCGUCAACGACGAAGAAUUCGUACCUGCUCAGCAGCCAAAGCGGAAGAGGGGCAACAGCGUACGGCAAACUCGCCCGACGCCGAAGAAGCCAGCGACUGCGGCAGACCUCGAGCGCCAACAUCGCAAGAUGGAGCUGAUUGGGCAAGCGGUGCUUGAGGGCGAAGACGAGGAGAAGAUCAUGGCGCGGGUCGAGCACGAACUCGCUCAGCAGGACAAGGCAGCGUCCAGCUCGUCACCCACCAAGACAGCUCGUCGUUCCUCACCGGUCAAAGCGACGUCUCAGCCGUCUUCGACUCCUCGCAAGACCCGCUCGACGAUUCAUCAGCGUCUGAAAGCGGAGUCUAGCUCGCCAGACCCGUCUCUUCAACGUUUCGCGUCGCCCGCCAGCUCCAGCUCGUCGUUUUCGUCGACGCCGACUCGCCAGAGGCAGUACUCGUCAGGGCGUGGCCAAGCUGCUUCGCCGGCAUCGUCUGCGUCUCCAUCGCCGCAGCGAAUGCAGCAGACUCUUCGUCGCUCGGCAGCAUCCCCUCCAUCCGCCUCGCGACACCCUCUUUCUCGCUCGCAUGGCGCGUCUGGCGAGAGUGUCGAAUACGACCUGCCCGCCUCUCGCCGCAACAAGACAAGCUCGUACGCCGCAGCAGGACUGGGCGUCGGCUCGUCGUCCAUGGCGAUGGCGCUUCCGCCUACUCCAGCUUCAACAGCCGGACCAUCGCCUCAGCCCGACCAGCGUCACGGAGCGCCUUCGCCGUCGUAUGCCUUUCCGAACGCGAGCAUCGACGCGCCGCUCUUCGCCGGUGCAGCUGAUUCGCGCCACUUCUCGCUCGGCAAGUGGGAACUGCGCAAGCCAUCCUCUGCUGUGCCGAGUCGCCGCGAGCAGCUCGCCCAGCUUCAGGAAGAGCAGUUUCCGACACCGCUGACCGGGUCGACAAGCGGUUGGCUCGACGAAAAAGCCGAAGCCGCAGGUCAGGCUGCCGGCCGGAUCUCGUCGGCUCUCGCGCUCGACCCGAAAGAGUUCCUCGUCGAAUCGGGUCUCGAGGAUGACGACGCCUUUGACGCGCUCACCGAGUAUGGUACAGCUGUGUCGUCCGCCUCGUAUCCGGUCGCCGGCUGGGCAAGGUCGGGCGCUUCCGACUACGAGACCGCUCCGUCGACUGCUCCGCCUACGUCGCAGCGCAUGUCAGACCAUGAGAUCUUCAAGCAGCCGCUCUUCCGCCAGCCGUCAUCCUCGACGCAGGCGUCGACUUCGUUUGGCGAGAACGGCGGCGGACUCGACGACCUGUUCCACUUUGGCGAGGUCGACCUCUUCUCGCAGCCUCCGCCGGCACUGUUCCCGGUAUCAGGCGUCUCAGGCGGGCAAGGUAUAUUUGGUGGCGCCGACAGGACGAUCUCGUCGACGUUCGGAUUCGAAGGAGGACUGGGCAUCUCGCUCGACGGCGAAGGCGAGGGGACGAUUCGCAGGCGGUAG